CGGGUUGCUCGAUCCACUUAUCCAUUUAUCCACUCCCUGGGAUGUAUGGGAUGUAUGGAUUUACUCCAUACACUGGGGUACGGCGAUACUGGACGGGCCUAGGCGGGUGACUGGGGUAUAAAUAUUCCAGAGAUGAAUCAUGACAUGCUCGGUGUCGCUGUUGGUGUUAACUGUACGAGCUGAACAUGUUUCCACGUCCCAGACAAAAUCUGCUGCAUUCCGCAUUGUUGCACCAACACCGAAACCGACACCGACACCGAUGUCUCGAACGCUGGCAGUUGGAAGAACAGAGCGUACGAGUUCGCGUGUACCCCCUCUGAGCGCGAGGGAUCACUUCCGUAGGUACCCUCAUACCCCCAUACCCUCAGGUAUGAAGUUUGAAGCGAGAGCUGCCAGCAGGAGAGCUGCCUAGUGCCCAGUGCCCAGCUCCCACUGACAUUCCCACCCUCCCAAUUCUACAGCUAUAUCUACCUGUAUCCACCUUUAUCUACUACCUCACACCCCUUCAGCAUGUCUCCUGCACCCCAGCGACUCCAUCCCGCCUCCGCACGCCUGAUCAACGCCAUAUUCACAGUAACCGAGCCUCUUGACUCUACCCCCCGAGUCUUGACACCGGGGUGCGCUCUCACUCACUCACUCACCAAAUCACUCGGCCAGAGUCCACCUAGACCUCGACCUCCACCACCACCUCCGUCAUCAGGCUUUAUAUUACCAUUAUCUAGAACCUAGAUAGGUCGUAUACAAUCAAUGAGUAAACAAAACAAAACCCGUCAUCAGGGCUCCACCCAGUGCCCACUGCCUGCUCUAACACGGUCCAGCCGGUCUCGGUCGUGCCGAGAAUCGUUACCAAGGGAAAAUACACCGUGUAACAGAAUAUGACCUGGCAAGGCGGGGAUGUGGUGAUCUAAUGUCGUGAUUGUUGGUAUGGGUGUAAUCCAUGAAAACGAGAGAGGGAGGGUGGGCUAGGUGGGUGGGUGUUGGGGCGGCGGGGCUGACGGUGGUGAGGAGUGUGGUAAGGAUUCAG